AUGGGGAUACCACCUUCGGCUUCCCAAGGGAUGAUGCCAGAUAAGUUCGAUGGCAAAGCUGGGUUCAAAACGUGGCAAAACAAGAUGCGCUACUACUUGGCCAGCAUGAACAUGGAAAGGUACCUCACAGAGGAUCCACCAAUGCUUCCACAAGGUGACACUGACGUGUAUGUGGUUGGAAGUAUGGAUAGUUGGGCUCAAGGAGACUACUGUUGCAAAGGUCAGAUUCUGAACCGUUUGGUCAAUGAUCUGUAUGACCUCUACAGUAUGUACAAGACUUCAAAAGCAUUGUGGCUAGCUUUGGAGACCAAGUACAAGACUGAUGAGUCUGGGAUGCAGAAAUUCUCAACUACGAAGUUCCUGAAUUUCAAGAUGGUGGAUUCCAAACCAAUUAUGGAACAAGUGGAAGCUCUUCAACGCAUCUUUCAGGAGAUCGAUUUGGAAGGGAUGUUGAUCUGCAAUGUCUUCAAGACGAAUUGCCUGAUCGAGAAGCCACCACCAGGCUGGUCGAAUUUCAAGCAUUACCUUAACUUCAAGCGUAAGGCAAUGUCUCUUGAUGAUCUCAUCCGUCGGUUGAGAGUUGAGGACAACAAUCGUGGAGCUCAUUCGGAUGCUCAAAGCCAAGGGCAUGAUGUUCAUGUAGCUGAGCAUAAGGCCAAGUUUAAAGGCAAGGAAGACAUGGUUGCGGUGGUUACUGAAUGUAACAUGGUGGAAGACAACCCAGUGGAGCGGUACUACGACACUGGUGCUACCACAUACAUAUGCUCUGAUAGGACCAUGUUCACCACCUAUGUGAAGAACAAGUCAAAUGAGCAGCUUUUCAUGGGCAACACGGCGGUGUCCAAGAUUGAAGAACGUGAAGCACGUACCUGA